AUGAAUAGCGAUGAAUUUUGCAAAUAUGGUAGCCAAAUGAUUGAUAUUGUGGCAAAGUACUGGAAAUCUUUAAGAACACGAACUCCAGUACCAGAUGUGCAACCGGGAUUUAUGCGUCAAUUGGUACCUCAAGACCCACCAGCAGCACCUGAAUCAUGGGAAAAUAUUUUUCAAGAUAUUGAUAAGGUAGUAAUCAAUGGUAACACUCACUGGCAACAUCCAAAUUUUUUUGCCUAUUUUCCUACUGCUUGUUCUUAUCAAGCUAUUAUGGCUGAUAUUUUGAGUGGAGGAUUAGCAAGUAUUGGAUUUUCUUGGAAAUCUUCACCCUCCAUGACAGAACUUGAAAUUUCUAUGAUGGACUGGUUAGCAAAAGCUCUAGCUUUGCCUUCUGAAUUUCUGAAUAGCAGUACUGAAUCUGGUCUAGGAAUAAUUCAAAAUACGGCUAGUGAUGCAACAUACAUAGCUCUUCUGGCAGCCCGAGCACGAGCUGUUGAGUACAUUAAAUCAAAUGAAAAUAGUACUGAACAGAAACAACAAGUAGUUCUGAAUGAAGAAGGCAGUAAUCUUGAUCUUGGUGAGCUGUGUGAAUAUCCUUAUCACGAUGCAACAAUCAUAUCCAAACUGAUUGCUUACUGUUCUGAUCAAGCGCAUUCAUCGGUAAGCAAAGGAGCGAUGCUUGCAGCUGUGCGUUUAAGAAAAUUGAAAUCUGUAAAAAAUGACUGCAACGGUAAUUUUUCCGUUACUGCAAAGAUGCUUGAAGCAGCAAUCAAGGUAGAUAGAGCCAAUGGUCUAAUACCAUUUAUAUUCAUAAUGACUUUGGGUACAACGUCAACAUGUGGUGUAGAUCCUAUAGAUGAACUUGCAUCGAUAUGUAGACGAGAAAAUAUUUGGGUACAUGUCGAUUCCGCUUAUGCUGAUAGAAUGCUUCAUUUAUCAGGCGCAUUCCUACUUCUUCCUGAAUAUCGCUAUUUAACUAGAGGAUUUGAAUACAUCGACUCGUUUAAUAUGAAUACUCACAAAGCAUUACAGAUGAACUUUGACUGCUCUCCAAUGUGGUUCAGAAAUGGAAAAAAAUACUUGAAAUAUUUUGAAGUCGAUCCAGUCUAUCUAAAACAUGAUCAAACUUCUGCAACCGAUUACCGACAUCUUCAAAUAGCUCUUGGGAGAAGGUUUAGGUCGUUAAAAAUAUGGUUCGUACUGCGUAACAUUGGAAUUACUGGUUUACAGCAACAUCUGAGGAAAAUGAUUGACCUCGCACAGCACUUCGAGUUCCUGAUACAAAAUGAUCCUUUACUUGAACUGUUUGUUCCACGAGCAUGGGGACUUGUGUGUUUUCGAAUGAAGAACUCUACUAACGAGAUGAAUGAAGAGUUGAAUAGCAAAAUUAAUCUCGAUCGUCGCAUUCAUAUCGUAGCAUCCUCAGUACAUGGUGUAUACUUCCUUCGUUUCGUAGCAUGCAGCACACUGACGAAUCACGACGAUGUACGUCAAGCAUACCAAAUCAUCCACAACUAUGCUGAGGAAAUACGGAAAAGUUAA